AUGGAUUUGUGGAAAUGGAGACCUCAUUUGGUCUUGGAUAUGAAAAGGAUCUUGGAUAAAACCCCCAUCGGACUUUGGGACAAAGUUUCGGCUCAUUUGGCUAGUUCAAUGGACAAGACUUUCAACAAACACAGCGGCAACCUAGAGAGCUGCAUUAUCACAUACCGAUGUGAUGGCUGUACGCUUCAAAACUGGAUCCGACAUGCGACUCGUGUGAAACACACUAAAGAUCUCACACUAAACUAUGUUCAUGGUCGUCGUCCGAGACGUUACACUUACAGAGGAACACAAAUGCUCGACAUGCCCUAUGAAAUAUUUUCGCAUCAUAGCCUCACUUCACUGUCACUUAGUGGAUACACUCUACUAGGUGGACAUGCCUUCACUAACUGUGGCAAUCUUAAGACCCUCAAGCUUUUAAAUAUGGUCAUCUUCUGGGUUAGUACCCUUACCAGCGUUUUGGCAGCUUGCUCCUCCCUCGAGGUGAUUGUGUUGCAACUCGCUUUCUCAAAGGACGAUAGUGUUUUGAAGAUCGAGAACAAAAAAUUGAAGUUCUUGCAAAUGUCUUUCCUUCACUAUGUUAAGAGGAUCGAAGUGAAUGCACCCUGUCUAGAUGUUCUAGACAUCAGAGAUGUCAAAUGUGAGAACAAGAAUAGCUUCAUCCUCACUUCUCCCAAUAUCCAGUUUAACCAAAGCGAUUGGAUUUCUAGUUUGUUUUAUCUUCCUCACAUCAGCUAUAAUGUAUCAGAACUCGCUCAGGAGACGAGAAACAUUUGGCAUGAUCUCCUGAUGAGUGACUUUCCUGGUACGACAAGGCAGGGAACUUUGUCGGUGAGUAUAGACAUAACUAAUCCUAAAGAAGUGGAGAUACUGAAGGAACUUUUGCUUAUGUGGAGUACUUACACAAUGAUAGAGCUUGAGAUCUUCUUCAAGACCAACAAUGCUCCUAGAGAAGAAGAAGAAGAUGGUGAAUGCUCUAAUGAGAGAUUGUGGGAGGAUGCAAACCCAUUUCCUAACGCUGAUUUUCGCGUUAAUAACGUGUGGAUGUAUAACCUCAAUAGUUCGAAUAAGGAAGAGUUUGCCUUUGCUUCACGUUUUGUGAUGCAAAAGACGGUGAUUGAAACGCUGAUGAUCGAGACCUCGUCGUGUUCUGAUGGAGUAGCAACUGUGGCUAAGCUGAUGGAACUUCCUAAAGGUAACGAAGAUCUUAGUGUUGGUUGGUUUCGAUGA